GCUCAGGAAAUAACUUCUUCUUUUUCCAGAGCUUCGGCUACUUAAUUUUACUUAUUCAUUGAGAUAUUUAGAUAUCCAAAUGGCUGCUCGCAUUCUUUUCUUAUUCGCCUCUCUAGCAGCGUCUGUCUCCUUUGCCCUUGCUUCUGAUUCGAAGGCACUUCAAGAUUUCUGCGUGGCGGAUGCUAAUGCCGCAGUACUGGUUAAUGGUUUAGCUUGCAAGGAUGCCAAGAUGGCCCAAGCCAAUGAUUUCUCCUUCAGUGGACUGCACUUGGCAGGCAAUACAUCAAAUCCAGUUGGGUCUAGGGUAACACCAGUUAACGUUGCUCAAAUACCAGGGCUUAACACUCUCGGCAUCUCCCUAGCUCGUAUUGACUACGCACCAUGGGGCAUCAAUCCACCACAUACGCACCCUCGUGCCUCCGAAAUCCUGACGGUUGUCGAAGGCCGUCUUGAAGUCGGAUUCAUAACAUCUAACCCUGAAAACAAACUCAUCACAAAGGUUUUAAACAAGGGAGAUGUGUUUGUGUUCCCUGUCAAUCUCAUUCACUUUCAGAGAAAUGUGGGCCGUGGUAACGCUGUUGCUCUCGCAGCUCUGAGCAGCCAAAAUCCUGGUGUCAUUACCAUUGCCAAUGCGGUUUUUGGUUCUACACCUGCUAUCUCUAAUGACAUUCUUGCAAAGGCCUUUCAGUUGGAUACUAAAGUGGUUAAUUACCUGCAAGCAAAAUUCUAGGGCAACAACAUAAAAUUUAUGAUGGUGCGACUUCUUUUGUGUUUCAUGUGUAUGUCUGAGCAGUUAAAAAUUUCAAUUGUAUUGUUUGAAAUUUCCCUUCUUCUUUUUUUUUUUCUUUGUUUCUUCUUGAAUAUGUUUGAGAGUGAAUUGAUGUAAUGAUUCUUUUACACCUAAGUAAAUGUAAUGCAUUUCUUUAUAUUUUAUAUAAGCUACAAAAUUACCCUUCUCAAUAGCAGCCUUGAUAGUCAUUUGUUUAAUUAUUCCAGCUAUAUUACAAAAUAUUUUCCUGUUACUUCUAUUAAUUAUAUCGGACGUGCUAAAAAUUUAUAAUUUCAUUGAUUACAAUAUUAAGAGUGAUUUUUUUCUAAUUUAAAGUUUUUAAUAUAUAUAUAUAACUCUAAUAGAUAAGAUUUUAAGUCUAUCUUUAUCUCCAUCAAAUACUAUCUCAUAAAUAACUUUUAAUAUAAAUCAUAAUAAUUAUACAAAAUAACUAAAUUGUCCACUUGGGCUAUAUAAUCUUUGGUCAGGCCUUACAAAUAGCAGUCUAUAUAUUUUAAUCUUGGGUCUUAACACGAACAUGUCCAAUUAAGCUUCUUUUCGAGUAUUUAGCUCCAUAUUUUUCUCUUUUGGCUAUUACUAUCUGAAAUAGACAAUUAAGGUUAAGUGAGGUAAAAACAUAUAAUUUUACCAUAUUAUAUAUAAAAAUAUAUGAUUAAAACUCUAAAAUACCCUUACAUAUUUAUAUAUAAUUUGGACAAGUCAUUUAUACAAAAACAAAAAAAAAAACAAAAAAAAGAGAGCGGUGCUAAUACUAGAAUAGUAACUUUUGGAAGCCAUAACUGAAAACUAUCUACUACUUUAGGAAAAGAUUGUAUCAUUGGAUUAAUAAAAAUAGACUGAAUUGGUAGUUUUUACCAUAUAUCAUGUACCUUAAAUAAUUCUGGUCCUCGUUAUGGUGAAUUGCUUACUAUUCAAGAUGAGCUUAUUCUUGCUAAUUAAAGAAUGUGGGAUUAGAGGUUUGAUAGUGGAAAAUAAUUGGGUUGAUGAUGUUAAUUUGAUUCAUAAUCAUGAUUCAUUAUUGGAGGAUGCA